AUGUCUUUGACAGCAACAGCAACAACGAGUAAAGCAAUCACGGUUUCACCACCCAUGCAGAGCUCUGCGAAUGGCGUUCAAACUGAUAAGCCAAUCGAUAUCCCCGCAGAUGCAAAACGAGUUUUUGAUGUUCUAAUCAGUGGCGGCCUUGCUAUUGUCCCAGCCAGCAUAGGCUAUGGGCUGGUAGCCAUAGUUCCCGAGGCACUGGAACGUGCGUUCGUUACUAAAAAGCGUAUGCCCCACAAACGUCACGCCAUGAUUGGGAGUUAUAGCCUUCAUAAAGAACUACACGUCCUGCCUCCACGCGAAGCAGGCAUGGUAGAAUUGUUGUGUCAGGACUUCAACCUCCCUCUCGGAGUUAUUGCGCCUUUCAGGGCUGAUCACCCUCUUGUCCAAAAGUUGGGUGCGGAGACUCUGGCCAGAAGCUCCGUGGAUGGCACAUUGGCAAUGCUGGUCAACGGUGGUGCGUUUCAAGACGAGCUUUCGCGGUUGGCAACAGAGGCGGGAUUACCAUUGAUGGGCUCAUCCGCAAAUUUGACAGGGAAAGGCACGAAAUCACUGGUGGAGGAUAUCGAACCCGAGAUUCUGAGAGUCGCUGACAUUGUGAUCAACUACGGCAAACGGACCUAUUCUACACCUCGUCCAUCUUCAACAAUGAUCAACUUCAAGGAACUAGAGCUUAUGCGGUUUGGAGCAUGCUACGAUGUGAUACAGGAUGUCUUUAAAAGAUUCUAUGGGGUCGAGUUUCCCAACGAUCCAGGCCAAGAGGUCAUUUUCUCGGGACAUCUUCGAGAAGCAGCGAAGAAACUGUAG